AUGUUUAGCGCAAGCCCUGAUCUUGCCCAGAAUAAGACCCUCCAAAUUAUGCAGGAAGACAAGUUCUUUUCCAGGCUUUUAUCCAAGGAAAACUCUGUGGCCAAUCCUUCUUUCAGGGUCUACUAUGGUGGAGUCUCCGGUGCUGUACCUUUCAUGUGGGAGUCUCAGCCUGGUACCCCCAAACACACAUUCUCUGAUACAUCUCUUCCUCCUCUCACUCCUCCUCCUUCUUACUACUCCAAGUCCAACUCAAAACCCAUCAAGAAGCACUCAAGAUCUGGUCUUUUGCACGCAUUGUUUCCAAAGAUGAUCAGUUUGAAGAAAACCAAUCCUGUACCUUCAUCACCUUCUUCUUCAUCAUCGUCCUAUUGGUCUUCUUCACCAAUAUUUCUUGCAAUGAGUCCCGGGAAAUAUAAUAGCAGGAGCCGAUUUUCGACCCCACGUUCUUCGUUUGAUUCCAGAGCAGAUUAUGAAGAAGCUGCAGCCAUUGGAUCACCAACAUCAACUCUGUGCUUUGCCAUAGGUAGAGGAAGUAUCAGUAAGCUCCGUGGAUGCUACGGCUGGUGAAGUUAAAGCCUUAUCUUCAGCUAUAUUGACCACGGAUCUGGCCAAGAUAUAGAUUUGCUGGAUGAUAAUCUCUCUCAUAUUCGUGUUGAUUUACUCUGUAAUCAUCUAGGUAUCUUAGUUCUUCUAUGGGAAAUAUCCCAAAACUGUUGAAUGCUAUGGUAAAUCAUUUAGUUUUGCAGGAAGAACUGUUGUAUUUUUCUCCUAUGUGUCUAUUUUGUAAUCACUCCAAAGAACUUGUGGCUAAAUUUGGCAAAAGUAAAAACCU